AUGUUAACAUGCGGCAUUGCCCUGGCGACCAACCCCACCCACUAUGGCAACCCAUCUACGGGCUGCGAAUCCGACGAGGUCGCCGUUCGCGUCAGUGGCCUCUCCGGCGACUUCUGCAGUCCCAAGUGCGACAGCCAGGGCACCUGCCCCAGCGAUGUGCCCAAGGGCGACACCGCGACUCCGCAGUGUGCUCUCAAAACCACGACUGGCGACAAGUACUGUGGACUGAUCUGCCAGGCUGACUCUGACUGCGGCACAGGAAGCUGCCAGAAGAUGAUGGGAAUUGGUCUGUGCACCUACGCGUCGUCUGUCAACAAAACAGUUGCGGCAGUUGCGGCAGUUGCCACUCAGGUGUCUGUGACCACCAACCCUAGCCACUAUGGGAACCCCAAGACCGGCUGUCAAGCUGGUGAGGAGGCUGUGCGUGUUAGCGGCAUGUCCGGGGACUUCUGCAGCCCCAAGUGCGACAGCCGCGACGCCUGCCCCAAAGACAUGCCUCAAGGGGCCUCCGCGGACCCAGAGUGUGCGCUUCGAACUGGUUCGGGGCAGAAGUACUGUGCCCUCCUCUGCGCUUCGGACUCGGACUGUGGCCAGGGCCUUUGCCAGCACAUUCUUGGCACCGGGAUUUGCACUUACACAUCCACCGAAACCAGAGAUCCGAGCAGCCUGCAGGUGGCCGUGGCGACCAACCCCACCCACUAUGGCAACCCAUCUACGGGCUGCGAAUCCGACGAGGUCGCCGUUCGCGUCAGUGGCCUCUCCGGCGACUUCUGCAGUCCCAAGUGCGACAGCCAGGGCACCUGCCCCAGCGAUGUGCCCAAGGGCGACACCGCGACUCCGCAGUGUGCUCUCAAAACCACGACUGGCGACAAGUACUGUGGACUGAUCUGCCAGGCUGACUCUGACUGCGGCACAGGAAGCUGCCAGAAGAUGAUGGGAAUCGGUCUGUGCACCUAUGCGUCGUCCAUCGCGAAGGCGCUGCCAGCCGUGAUGACCCAGGUGGCCGUGGCGACCAACCCCACCCACUAUGGCAACCCAUCUACGGGCUGCGAAUCCGACGAGGUCGCCGUUCGCGUCAGUGGCCUCUCUGGCGACUUCUGCAGUCCCAAGUGCGACAGCCAGGGCACCUGCCCCAGCGAUGUGCCCAAGGGCGACACCGCGACUCCGCAGUGUGCUCUCAAAACCACGACUGGCGACAAGUACUGUGGACUGAUCUGCCAGGCUGACUCUGACUGCGGCACGGGAAGCUGCCAGAAGAUGAUGGGAAUUGGUCUGUGCACCUAUGCGUCGUCUAUCGUGAAGGCGCUGCCAGCCGUGAUGACCCAGGUGGCCGUGGCGACCAACCCCACCCACUAUGGCAACCCAUCCACGGGCUGCGAAUCCGACGAGGUCGCCGUUCGCGUCAGUGGCCUCUCCGGCGACUUCUGCAGUCCCAAGUGCGACAGCCAGGGCACCUGCCCCAGCGAUGUGCCCAAGGGCGACACCGCGACUCCGCAGUGUGCUCUCAAAACCACGACUGGCGACAAGUACUGUGGACUGAUCUGCCAGGCUGACUCUGACUGCGGCACCGUGUCUGCAGCUACUGAUGUAACCUUAUGCACGGGAAGCUGCCAGAAGAUGAUGGGAAUUGGUCUGUGCACCUAUGCGUCGUCUAUCGUGAAGGCGAUGCCAGCCGUGAUGACCCAGGUGGCCGUGGCGACCAACCCCACCCACUAUGGCAACCCAUCUACGGGCUGCGAAUCCGACGAGGUCGCCGUUCGCGUCAGUGGCCUCUCUGGCGACUUCUGCAGUCCCAAGUGCGACAGCCAGGGCACCUGCCCAAGCGAUGUGCCCAAGGGCGACACCGCGACUCCGCAGUGUGCUCUCAAAACCACGACUGGCGACAAGUACUGUGGACUGAUCUGCCAGGCUGACUCUGACUGCGGCACAGGAAGCUGCCAGAAGAUGAUGGGAAUUGGUCUGUGCACCUAUGCGUCGUCUGUCGUGAAGGCGCUGCCAGCCAUGAUGACCCAGGUGGCCGUGGCGACCAACCCCACCCACUACGGCAACCCAUCCACGGGCUGCGAAUCCGACGAGGUCGCCGUUCGCGUCAGUGGCCUCUCCGGCGACUUCUGCAGUCCCAAGUGCGACAGCCAGGGCACCUGCCCCAGCGAUGUGCCCAAGGGCGACACCGCGACUCCGCAGUGUGCUCUCAAAACCACGACUGGCGACAAGUACUGUGGACUGAUCUGCCAGGCUGACUCUGACUGCGGCACAGGAAGCUGCCAGAAGAUGAUGGGAAUUGGUCUGUGCACCUAUGCGUCGUCUGUCGUGAAGGCACUGCCAGCCGUGAUGACCCAGGUGGCCGUGGCGACCAACCCCACCCACUACGGCAACCCAUCCACAGGCUGCGAAUCCGACGAGGUCGCCGUUCGCGUCAGUGGCCUCUCCGGCGACUUCUGCAGUCCCAAGUGCGACAGCCAGGGCACCUGCCCCAGCGAUGUGCCCAAGGGCGACACCGCGACUCCGCAGUGUGCUCUCAAAACCACGACUGGCGACAAGUACUGUGGACUGAUCUGCCAGGCUGACUCUGACUGCGGCACAGGAAGCUGCCAGAAGAUGAUGGGAAUUGGUCUGUGCACCUAUGCGUCGUCUGUCGUGAAGGCACUGCCAGCCGUGAUGACCCAGGUGGCCGUGGCGACCAACCCCACCCACUACGGCAACCCAUCCACGGGCUGCGAAUCCGACGAGGUCGCCGUUCGCGUCAGUGGCCUCUCCGGCGACUUCUGCAGUCCCAAGUGCGACAGCCAGGGCACCUGCCCCAGCGAUGUGCCCAAGGGCGACACCGCGACUCCGCAGUGUGCUCUCAAAACCACGACUGGCGACAAGUACUGUGGACUGAUCUGCCAGGCUGACUCUGACUGCGGCACAGGAAGCUGCCAGAAGAUGAUGGGAAUUGGUCUGUGCACCUAUGCGUCGUCUGUCGUGAAGGCGCUGCCAGCCGUGAUGACCCAGGUGGCCGUGGCGACCAACCCCACCCACUACGGCAACCCAUCCACGGGCUGCGAAUCCGACGAGGUCGCCGUUCGCGUCAGUGGCCUCUCCGGCGACUUCUGCAGUCCCAAGUGCGACAGCCAGGGCACCUGCCCCAGCGAUGUGCCCAAGGGCGACACCGCGACUCCGCAGUGUGCUCUCAAAACCACGACUGGCGACAAGUACUGUGGACUGAUCUGCCAGGCUGACUCUGACUGCGGCACAGGAAGCUGCCAGAAGAUGAUGGGAAUUGGUCUGUGCACCUAUGCGUCGUCUGUCGUGAAGGCGCUGCCAGCCGUGAUGACCCAGGUGGCCGUGGCGACCAACCCCACCCACUACGGCAAUCCAUCCACGGGCUGCGAAUCCGACGAGGUCGCCGUUCGCGUCAGUGGCCUCUCCGGCGACUUCUGCAGUCCCAAGUGCGACAGCCAGGGCACCUGCCCCAGCGAUGUGCCCAAGGGCGACACCGCGACUCCGCAGUGUGCUCUCAAAACCACGACUGGCGACAAGUACUGUGGACUGAUCUGCCAGGCUGACUCUGACUGCGGCACAGGAAGCUGCCAGAAGAUGAUGGGAAUUGGUCUGUGCACCUAUGCGUCGUCUGUCGUGAAGGCGCUGCCAGCCGUGAUGACCCAGGUGGCCGUGGUGACCAACCCCACCCACUAUGGCAACCCAUCUACGGGCUGCGAAUCCGACGAGGUCGCCGUUCGCGUCAGUGGCCUCUCCGGCGACUUCUGCAGUCCCAAGUGCGACAGCCAGGGCACCUGCCCAAAGGACAUUCCCAAGGGCGACACCGCAGUCCCAGAGUGCGCCCUGCGCACUACCACUGGGGACAAGUACUGCGGGCUGAUCUGCAGAUCUGACUCAGAUUGCGGUGUGAGGCUCAGCUUCGGCACGUGUUUGUCACACGAAUCGUAA